AUGGCAGAUUUGAAAAGGAUGAAAUGGCAUUCAUACGUCCUGAAUGCGAUACUUCUAUUCAUCUCGAUGAUAUAUGAAGCGGGAGGGCUGCGAACCACAGAGCUUAACAUUUUACCAAGAGUAGUACAGAAAGGGAGGAACGUAACUAUGGCGUGUAUAUACCAGAUACAUCAAAGCGAAAUAUAUUCCGUCAAAUGGUAUAGAGGCACGCAAGAGUUCUAUAGAUAUUCUCCAUUAGAAUCACCUACCACGAGAGUUAUGCCUGUAAAUGGUAUUAAAGUUGAUAGGUUAAACUCAAACGAGACACACGUAGUUCUCCUUCGGGUGACACCAGCUCUUAGCGGAAACUACAGCUGUGAGGUGAUACAAAAUGCACAUACCUUUCCUCACUACACAGCUACUAGUAGACUCGACGUUGUAGGUAUAGGUGGUCUACGAGCAAUUGAGCUUAGGAUAUCACCGCCAGUAGUCCAGAGAGGUUCAGAUGUAACGUUAGCAUGUCUCUAUGAACUAACCGAUGCGCCGCUAUACUCUGUAAAGUGGUACAGAGGGCGCCACGAGUUCUACAGAUAUUCACCUACAGAAACACCGGCUACUAAGAUAUUUCCUUUUGCUGGAAUCAAUGUUGACCUGGCCAGAUCGAAUCAAAGCCAAGUCGUUUUAACAAGAGUGAGUUUUGGUCUAUCUGGAAACUUCAGCUGUGAAGUCACCGCGGACGCCCCUUCAUUUGCCACGUCCAUAGUUUCCAAUAAUAUGGAAGUUGUUGUUCUUCCACCAUCAUCGCCGACUAUCCACACAAGUCAACACUACUACAUGCCAGGAGACAUCCUUAGAGGGAACUGUACUUCCGGUCCCAGCCGGCCACCUUCAGAGCUUACAUUCUACAUAAAUGAUAUACCAGUGACUCCAGGCAUGUACCAAGCACAUCCAGCACCUGAGGGUCUCUUCAGAUCGGAACUAUACGUACAGAUACAACUGUGGCCCGCGCACUAUGAGAGAGGGGCGCCCAUACUACGAUGUGAAGCAAAAGUUGGAGACUUGUACAGAGAUAACUCUGCUGUCGCGCUGUAUUCUGCUAAUAGCGAUCCUAAAAUAGAAAGAGUGACGUCACCGGGUGCUGGAGCCAAGCUGAUACCGUGCCAAAUCCUUCUACUCCUCCACAUCAUUGUAUGGGUGAACAACAUACGCAUAACAUACGUA